AAUGUCUUGGUACAAAUAAUUAGGAAACUCAGUAAAAGAAUUAAGAUUCGUCUUCUGUUAGACAUGUGGUAGAUCUGAAGGUAUCAGGUAUACAAAUAAGAUCAAAUUAUAGAAAUCUUGUAUCUAAAAACUAUUGGCAAUGGAAGGAUGCAAAUCCUCAUUUUCCAUUUGUUGUUAGAGAGUGUGAAUCAAUUGAUCCUUAUGUACUUAUUAGAUACAGUAAAAUUAAGUGAAAAAAUAUAUAGAAUAUGGUGUUGAAAAGAAAGCUUUGAUAGGAAAUCUUAAUGAAUAAGAAUUAGAAUAAGUACUUGGAAAAUUAGUUGAUCAAUCUAAUAAAGUGAAUUCAACUAUCUGAU